AGUGGAAGGUACCAGGUCGGGCACUAAUAAGCCUUUAAAUAUGUAUCCAAAUUUGCUCGUUCUGCCCCACUUGGCCCUGGGCUGUCUUUGGUUCUGCCUGGCCGGGGGGCAAAUGUUUGAACAGCAGUUGACAAAUUUGAUUUACUCUAACCGCGUGGGAAGUUCCACGGAUGGGAGCCCUCAGGGUGUGACCAUUCAGCGCCUACCCUCUCAGAUGAUAGCGCCGGGCAGGCUGCAUCAGCAUCUCCAGGAAAUCACGGGCAGCGAAGCGUUGGCGCCAUUGUUGCUGGAAUUACUGGGCCAAAGUGGGCCAAAUUGGCAGGGCCAACAGCCAAGCAUGGCAGCCACCAAUCAACCGCAGCAAAAGGAACAGCAACCACAGCAACAGCGACCGCAGCAACUGCAACAACAACCACAGAAACAGCAGCAGCCACAGCAACACUUUUUUGUUUAUGAAAACUCUCAGUCCGCGGGGCAAACGAGUCAACAACCUCAAAUAUUGCCAGGGUUCAAUGGCGUCAAUGUGCAUCCUGCAUCGCAACAACAGGGCCAACAGCCAUUCAGAGCGCCAAAGCCAAUUCAGGCGCAACAACAGCAACAACUAUAUCCAGAAACCGAGCCAAAAAUCGUUAAGGCGCCGCUUGUGGCUGCCGUACAGGCGCCUACGUCCGCCUACAUUGCCACAUCCUUUCACAGCCUCCCGCCCGGACCGUCAUCACACGAUUCCAGCCUGCCAAACUCGAGGCCUGCUGGCACUCAGCCGUUCUCAUCCCCAUUCCCGGCAAUAGCAGCGCCAGCAAGUUGCAGCCAUCCAUCGGCAGUAGUCCCCGCCCCCGACUCCGCACCCAGUGGCAUGAGCAUGCCCUGCCCCAGCUAUGUGACGACCCCGCUGUUGAGUGCCGCUGUGCUCAAGGCGACAGCUGGUUAAGUUUUUAAUUAAAUCGCUGGCAUAAUUAAUAAAGAUGCGCAUA